AUGACUUUAAGAUUCACUGAGAGCGCGCAGAUGCAAGAUAUCAUUCGUAUGUACAAUACGAACAUUAACGGUAGAUCCACAAUUGUGAGAUCUCUCACCGGAAUAAGGGGAAUUGGCCUGAGAAUAUCCACAUUAAUAUGCAAAAUAGCAGAUAUUGAUAUGUCUCUAAGAGCAGGACAAAUAGAGCAAGAGAAGCUAGACCAGAUUGCAAAAAUACUUGAGUCUCCCCAGUCCUUUGGAAUCCCAGAGUGGAUGCUGAACAAACAGAGAGAUCCUGUAAGCGGAGAGACAAAACAGCUGAUAGCCAACCAGGUAGAGGCAGACUACAGAAUGUACCUUGAGAGAGCAAAGAGGCUGAAGCACGUAAGAGGUAUUAGACUACUGAAAGGACUGAAAGUUAACGGACAGAGAACUAAGUCUAACGGUAGAAGAGGAAAGACAGUUGGAGUAUCUAAGAAAAAAUAA